UGCGAGUGUGGGGACGCGAUGCACCGCACUCAUACAAGCGCAGGCGUGGAGCGAGGCAAUGACGUGCACGAAGUGUUAUCCCUCAUUACAAGAUUCGCUUCCGCGCCGGCCGCACGUACACUAGUUGUCUGACGACCUCUUUUGUAGCGGCGAGUUCGAGUUUGUUUACAUCGUAGCGAUGCAGCGCGUUAGUUAGCUAUUGUGUCAUCGACCGUGCAGUUAUCGCUGAAAUGAUUGAGGACAAUGCGCGCCAAGUUUUUGCGACGGAACUUUUUGUGAACUUUUCGUGAAGUGACCUCCGGACUGGAGCUUGUGCCAUUGUGAUAGUGAUCUGAACAAUUGAACUUUUGAAGAUUUUUCUACGUGAGUUUUGAUUCGAGAUUUUGAAAUUUGAACUCGUCAAUCAUCGCAUUUGAAAAUCUGACAGUGGUGGGAAAAAGCCGAGAGUUGGCACUCGAUCGUUUGAAGCAUUUAUGCAUAAAACUGCAAGUCCUCGCUUGAAAAGACUUUGUGAGAGACAAAGAUGGCUAUAGCGUUUAACUUGCCUAGCGAGAGGGAGGCGACCGAGGAGAACUUCUCCCGCCUGAACCGGCUCCUGGGUGAGCUGUACGAGGUGUUGUGCCAUAUCCUGGUGUCACGGCAACCUGGCCAAGAGAACCAGGAGAACAGACGAGACCGCCCCUACUCAGAGUCCGAUGCCGACCGUCCGCCGCCGCACCAGCCCCACCACUGCCGUCGCUCAGCCUCCUCCCCCCCUCUAACCCUGACCCUCGACUCCGAUCUAGAAGACGAUGUCUUCAUCAGCCCCCGAACCGACAACGGCAACGACCCAUUCUCCACCAGAAACCUGGACAUCUUCGGCUAUGGAAGUCCCAGGACUCCUGCGGGAGUGCUCUUGAGUCCUCGAAGGGAGAGAUCGUUCACUUUUUCGGUGACGAGCGAGAAACAUUGGAGGGAUAAGGGGGGGACGGAUGUGGCUGAUGGAGUUGCUGAUGCUGAUGUGACCGACGCCGUAUCCGAACCACCCGACGAAUCCGACCGGUCAUCCGAAAGUUCAAUCUUCUCGUCCAUCAUCCCUGACAAGCUGUCAGGCUCGAUCUGCACCGCUGUUCUCUUCAUGCUAGGCUGGAAGUUGCUAGCAAACAAGCGGUGAACAAACUUAGUAAGGCUACGGUCUCCUAUUAAACGCUGUACGCAGCGUACGACGUCAACGUCAACGACAUCUAUACGUCUAGGUCAGAAAGAAACCAUAAAAUUUCUAUAGCAUUGUGACGCGGCCUACGGCGUCACACUUUACGGGACUAUUCCCACCUCUCGUUCCCACCGCUGCACCUUCUGUGUAGCCAGGAUCUACAGCUUGACCGCCAAUAAACACCCAACCCAAUACUGACUGAGUUUCUUGCGCUGCUUCUUCUCAGCACUGGCCCAUUUAUUGUCCCGAAGCAGUGGUAGGGUUAAUACUGGGACGUGUAAAAGUGCUUUUUAAAAGCCUAUUUGCAAAAAUAAAUGAGUUUUAUAAGUUUUUAUGAUUUUCAACCAGUGAAGGUCAAGUUUGUCCCGGGAAUCGCGGCCUACAGCGUUUAUAGGAGACCACAGCCUAAUAGAGCGGUAUAUUGAUGGGCGAUAGGAUGUUACGCGUGCGGAGAAUAGCCCAAAGGCUAUUUUAUACGUCACGCUUUUUUAUAACUUUUUACUACCUACUGGUCUGCUGGUGUUUUAUAAUCUUUCAUAUUUUGCCGUCAUAAGUAAUUUCUUAAAUAUUUAAUAUUAUGUAGUAUUAUUAUUAAGAAAGUACAUAAUAUUCUGUUAUUUAGUUUUGAGUGUUUUAUUCGAGUUACAUUUCACACAUCGGCGGUGAGAAUAUUGUCACAACUCAAAAAAUUCACAAACUAAGAACUCGUCUUAUUUAUUCAUGAAAUAUUUUUUCAGUUUUGAGAUUUCAUGUGUCACUUUUAAAUAUUGUUUCAUUGUCAGUGUGUGAUUGUUGUAUUACUUACUACUUUAUGAAAAAUCAUUGGCCAAUAUUAAUUCUACGAUAUUGCCUAGAAUUAAAUUAACUUUUUCUAAAAAUAUGAUGGGUUAUAAAACUACCAUUACUGAUCAGUAUGUGCCAUUUUUCUAAUUAAUGGUUGUGUGAAAAUAACACACAUCGUUAGGCGUCCUCAUACACAAUUUUGUAUGAAGUUGUGUUAUUGUUAAUACGUCUUGAUAAACGCACACAUUAAAAAAUAUAAUAAAUAAUUAUGAUGUCAU